UUAUAUCUCUCUGCUGCAAUUGGAUUUUCAUGGGCUAUAAAACAUUAUCAGCAAAAUUAAAACUUAAAAAAGGCUUGACGUGUUUAAAUUUACAUAUAAUAAAUACAUAUAAAAAGCUUACCUUUUGGAAUGAAAUUAUAAAACCAGAGAACUGUUUUCACCAUAUUUUAAUUUUAUGAGAUGGUAAUUAAUGGUAGUUGCUAAACUGCUGCCUGCAAAAACACUCACUAAUAAACUGAUAUCAAAUAUAUCAUUUAAAAGCAGUUAUAAACUGUUUCUUACUGUGCCUACAUGAGAAAUUGCACAACAUACGGAUGUCUGCAGUGGAAAACUUUGAUUAGGGGGAAAUUGCUUUAUGAUUGUUGGUGGCAGUUACAUGCUGGGUGAUUUUAAAGUCCAGCUGUUAUCUCUUCCUCUGAGAGGUCAGAUAGGAAAGUGUCUUCAGGCUGUGUUCAGAGCUUCACACUGAUCCGGUGGAAGAGGAGUAAAGAUGUUACAUGUGAGGAGCUCAGGCCUCCUUCUGCUGUUGACUCUGCAGUUUGCUUCUUGGACUCAAGCAUGUCUGUCUCCUGAGACCAAAUGUGACUUUGUGUGCGACUGUGCUGAAGACUGCAGCGAUGAGCAGGACUGUGGCUACAGAGGAAAGGAGUUUGAGUGUGACUUUGAGGAUGCGGGACUGUGUGGAUGGACCGAACAGUCGCUCGGUUCACUGUAUCGCUGGGAGAGACGUCAGAGAGGAAACACUCUGCCUGAUAGCGGUCCAUCCUCUGAUUACACCACCGGCACAGCUACAGGUUGGUUCAUGGGAGUGACUGCAGUGCAUUCAGAGUCUCAACAUACUGCAGUUUUAGCGUCUCCGGAGAUUAAAGAGUCUUCGGCCACAUGUCGUCUUCGCCUUCGAUAUUUCCUCUGGGACUCAGGUCACUCAGGUUUUGGAUCUGCUCCUUUGUGGGCCUCCAUCCUUCGCCAGGGUUCUCCAGAAACUGUCGUGUGGCGUCCGGAGGCCACCAGCAUCCGCGGCUGGAGGGAAGCCACCAUCUUUCUGGGCCGAAACCCUUCGAGUUUCCGAAUCCAUCUUCAGUCGCGGCGCUCUGAAGGACAAAAAGGAGACGUUGCUAUCGACCAGCUGGAGUUUCUAGACUGUGCUUUGCCCUUACCAGCAGGCUGUGCAGCAGGGAUGGUGGAGUGCGCCAAUGAAGGCUGUGUUGAGCCUCGACAGAUCUGUGACGGUACCGAUGACUGUGGCGACGGGACGGAUGAGAAGGACUGUGAACUAGAAGGCUACCAACGCUGUGACUUUGAGGAGGAUUUGUGUAACUGGGACCUUGAAUCACUUUCCCCACUGAAAUGGGUGAGAACAAGUCAGGAGAACAUCUCCAUCACAGAUCCUCUACAAGGACCAGGCAGAGAUCACUCCAACAACAGUGCAUCAGGUCACUUCCUGUAUGUCACCGUCCCUGAGGCUGGUCUUGAAACUGAUUGGGCUGCUUUCCAGAGUCCUUCUCUUGAGCCCACCAACAGUACACAUCCUUGUAAGAUGGUGAUGUACACUCACCAGUUCGGGCCGAGGUCCGGCGGUCUGACGGUGUUGGUGGCAGAUCGUCUAAUUACCCCCGUGUGGGAAAGGGGUGGAUCUUUAGGUGAUGUCUGGGUGAAGGCAGAGGUGGAGAUCGUCACCGACACAAUUUUCCAGAUCCUGAUAAUGGCAGCAGUCAGAGACUUUACAUACGGAGGUAUCGCUGUCGACAGCCUCGUGUUGUCCCCUGAAUGCCGCCUGUCGACAGGAAAUAGCACUCUGGAAAAAUUCCCUAAACCCCCCAAAGACCCGUGUACAGUGCCGGAAAAGAUGUGUGAUUUUCAUGCUGACUGUGAACAAGCAGAAGAUGAAGCUAAAUGUGGGGACUUUCUUUACACCGAGGGCAGUUCGGGUUGGACUGACAGCAGCAUUGGGAGUCAAGGUUGGGUUCUGUAUGAAAACUCCACUCACAAAGAGGAGGAGUACCUGUAUGUGGUCCAGGCUCCGGGUCAGCAGCUGACUGAUGCCCAGACUCGGACUCCCCUCCUCGGACCCUCCGGUGCUGCCUGUAACCUCAGCUUUGAUUUUGCUCUAACUGGGAAUCCAGAACAUAUCGGUGAUCUGUCCGUCAGGGUGAUCGACAGCUUGCUGGGCGACGGACCGAAGCUCUGGGAGUUCAGCGGGAAAACUGGAAAAGACGAGGAAUCCUGGCGACGCGCUUCCGUACUUAUUGGAAUCAGGAAACACCGCUUCCAGCUGGCAUUUGAAGCUCGCGCCAGAAAACUUUGUCCAUGUGCCAAGAUUAAAGUGAAAAAUGUUCGCUUCAAUGGCUGUCAUGCCAGCUACUACCCAUUCUCUCCCACAGGGCUGUCGUGUAACUUUGAAGAGGGACUGUGUGGAUGGAUGCAGGACAACAGCGACAACUUUGACUGGACGUUGUUCAGCGGGAUGGACCACUCCAUCGGAAUUGGAAACAGCCUUGUUGUGGACCUGUGGAGUCCUUCACUUCGUGGUGCGUUCGGACGCUUAAUUUCCUACCCACUUCCAGCUGGUUCCACAGAUUACUGCCUGUCCUUCUUCUACAAGCUCUAUGGACCCAACACAGGUGUUCUGAACGUGAAAGUAGCAGAUAACGACGGUUCUGAAACCCUCCUCUGGACUCGCAGUGGAGCUCACGGCAACAUGUGGCAAGCAGCUGAAUGUUGGGUACCUCAUCAGCUCACAGACUUUCAGCUGAUCUUUGAGGCGGUUCGCUCUGGUUUUGACGGCCGGUUGGCCAUAGACGAUUUGGUGUUCUUGGACCGUCAGUGCACCUUACCAAGGGUUUGUUCCUUCGAAAGCCAGCAGUGCGGCUACAAAAGUUCUGGUAAAGUUCGUUGGCUGCACCAGAACGGACAUGGCAGCACAAUUGGACCCAAACAUGACCACAGUCUGGAGACCGAACUGGGCUACUACAUGAUGGUGAACACCGGAGCAAACACCCUUCCCUCCGAUGGAACAACAGUCCUCACUUCAUCUGUUCGCCAAGGAAAUGCCAAGACCGAGUGUGUUAAUUUCUGGUAUCACAUGGGAGGAGAGAACCCUGGUUCUCUCUCGGUUUACAUGAAGCCGGUGAAAGGAGAGAGGGUGAAGAUCUUUUCCAACACUCUGGAUCAAGGAGACGUCUGGCGCCAUGGCAACGGCAACAUCUCGAGUGGCGUUGUGGACUGGCAGUUGGAGUUCGAGGUGGUCGGAGCUGGAGGCAAAGACACUCACGUUGCCAUUGAUGACAUCUAUAUUUCAGCUCAUCCAUGUGAAGGCCGAGCGUCCAGAUGCAGUCUGGAAACUGGGAUGUGCAGCUGGAGUAACACUCUGAACGCUGAAGUGGACGAGCUGGACUGGGAGCUGACGAAUUCGGAGGUGGAGCAACAUUACACCGUCCCAUAUGAAGACCACACUCUGGGCACAGAGAAAGGUCACUUCCUGUUUGUUCCGAGCAGCAAUCGGACGGCAGCCAAUGAAAACGCCUGGCUGCUGAGUCCUCAUCUGCCCCCGACCAAAGGCACCUGUCUGAAGUUCUGGGCCUUCAAACCCCACUCAUCGGACAGUCGGCUGAACGUUUGGAGUCUGUCUGAAGGUCGUCUCAGUCAGCUGCUGGUGGUGGAUAACCUGGGCGGACCGUGGAAACACUUCGCCAUCAACAUCACGUCUACGGAGGAAUACCAGAUCGUGUUUGAAGGAACCAAAGGUUCGUCAGGUGUUGUAGCUCUGGAUGACAUCGAGUACACCAUCGGGAUCGACUGUGCUAAGAAAGUCACAGAUUCACCGACCUCAGGUAAGCCAAACAACGCCGGAGGAAUCGCAGCGUCUGUGAUCGUGAUCCUGCUGCUGCUCGCCACUCUGAUCGCUUUGCUGAUUUACUACCUGAGAACCAGAAACCGAGCUGAGGCCACGUCUGCUGGUCCGUCGUCCUCCUUCGGUGGAGGUUUCAGUAACGAAAUCUACGAAUCGGACGUCACACAGGACCGUGUGAAAGUUCCUAAAAUUCCAAACCAUCCAAUGGCAGCUGGAUUCAGUAAUGUCUCUGAACAUGCUGAGAUCGGAGAGACAGAGGACGUGUGAGACUGACAGAAAGGUUGUCCUGCCACCUAAACGUGGCUUUAUGAAAAUAAGGUGAUAUCACAGCAGAAGAACUGCUUGUGUCGCCCUCAGAUGACUCACAAACAAACAAACGCACACAUAUAUACACACACACUUAACACUAAUACAAGCGCCACCCACACAGUGACACAGAUGAAGGCCUCAGAUCUGGAAACCUUCGAGGGUCGCAGCUCUCUGCAUGUGGACGGAUGUCAGAAGGAAAUGAGAUGAACUUUAAAUCAACGUCCAUCAGCGGCAGAAAUGGUCGCCGGCAGAUUUCGGGUCUGUAAGAAACGGGUCAAGUGCAGCGAGUUUAACGAGAACGCAGCAGGUUGGGCUCCUUUUUCAAGCCUUAAAGGGGCAUUAGUUUGAUUUUACACCUCUAAACCAGUUCAGGGAGUCUACGUUUACAACAGGAAGGUGUUUAAAGGAGUCUUAAAGCUCUAAUCCGCCUCUUCAAAGAGAAGGAGAAAGAAAGGAAUGACUGUAAACAGAAAGAAAAGGACGCUGCUGCUGCUGCUUGGAUGAAGAAUGCAGGACGAAUGUAUUGUUUUAGACGUGCUGGAGGUUAACUUUAAAUAAGCUCUAAUUGAUGAUAAAUGGAAUAAAGCUGAGCACUGAAA